GCUGAGGUGAAUCGAGAAGCUAAUCCUGAAUCAACCUAGCGCUAUUGGCUCCAAAAUCUGGGUCGCAUGCUGCAGCGAAGAAAGUUGAGAGGCGCGAGACGAACUGACGAGCACCCGGGGAGACAGUGACCCAGACCAAAUAUUCGUCAUGCCUCCUCGGAUACCCGCCCCGCAGGGGCUGCGAAGCCUAACGCUAUGCAUUCGUCCGACUCCGACUCCUUCCCCGACCGCCAGCCUGCUCCCGAUGGUCCAAUCGGCCAAUAUCUCGAUGAGGGAGAAGAAGAAGCGCAUGAAGCAGGACCCCUACGGCUGGGCCCAGGCACAGCAGCGCAAGAACGCCAACCUCAAGCGGCGCGAGGAGCUGGCGAAAGAGCGCCAGGGCAGCUGGGGUGAUCCGGUGCACGGCGUCACCACGCCCUUCGUUGAGUCCUUCGACACAGCCGGUCAAGAACCCUUCAAAGCCGACGCCACAGAAAACGGGGAAUCUUGCCCGUUGCCCACUUCGCCACACCUCGUCAACUACCUGCUCACCAAGGAGGAGCUGGAGAAAGCGAUCGAGGACUCGCGGCGGCUGACCCAGCCGCUGACGGGCCCGGACAGCCCGGUGUCGGACCCGGCGCGGGAAGAGCAGGAGCUGGAGGAGCACGCGCAGAAGCACGCCAAGGCGCAGGAGGCGCUGCAGCGCAUCACCAGCCUGCAGAACGGCAGCGCCAAGGACCGCAAGCACGCUAACAUCCGGCGCUGCAUCGAGACGUUCGGCCGGCACGUCACGGACCAUUCGCUCGAGAACCCGAUCAAGCCGCCGGCACGCGGGUACGUGCCGCGCGAGAUGCCCGUCCGCGCCGGCCCGGACACGGGCAGUAGCGAGGUGCAGAUCGCUAUCCUGACGUCCAAGAUCCGGGCGCUGGCGCUGGCGCUGGAGGGCCCCAAGGGUCACAAGGACAAGAACAACAAGAGGAGUCUGCGGCUGCUUUGCCACAAGCGGCAGAAGCUGCUGCGGUACCUGGAGAGGAAGGAGAGGGGAAGCGGGAGGUGGCAGCACUUGGUUGAGACGCUGGGUCUGACACCAGCGACGUACAAGGGUCAAAUUUCGAUCUGAUGCUACAGAGCCAGCUGGUGGGAAGAGAAGCGUGUUAAAAAUCCAACAAGUUGUGUAAACUUAUCUAUGUACAAUACCGACAGAUAGACAGGAGGACACGCAACGAUUACACCAUCUUGCAAUUCC